UAAUCUCUGAUCCCGUUUCAUGUAUCAUACCACGUGUAUUAUAACUAUGGAAUAUUAAGAGGUGAUAUUCUAUUACUGUAAAAGAGUGUUGAAUAAGCUUAUUAGUCCUACUGGGUCUCUGAAGUUGACUUCCAUUUUGAUUUAAGGCUUUACUCUCCCCUCAGUGGAUUAAUGGCAUUCAUAUUAAUCAUUUGGAAAUUGCAGGCAUACUGGUGUCCUUCUAAAUAUCCUUCAUCUGGCUGACUGGAAAAUGCCUGCAAUGGAAAAGGAAUACAUAAUUCGUGUGCAGAGGGGGAUUUCCAUGGAAAACAAUUGGCAGAUUGUCAGAAGAUACAGUGACUUUGAUUUGCUUAAUAAUAGUUUGCAGCUCCAUCCUGCACUCCUUAAUCAGGAAAAACUCCCACUGUCUUCAUUUGACCUAACUGGGAACUUUGCCUGGAUCUCGGCUCUAAGUCUACCUCUUCCUCCCAAAAAGUUGAUUGGGAAUAUGGAUCGUGAAUUCAUUGCUGAAAGACAGAAGGGACUCCAGAACUAUCUCAAUGUCAUCACUACCAAUCACAUACUGUCCAAUUGUGAACUGGUAAAGAAAUUCCUGGAUCCAAACAACUAUUCUGCAAACUAUACUGAAAUCGCCUUACAGCAUGUUUCAAUGUUUUUCCGCUCAGAACCAAAGUGGGAGGUGGUGGAGCCACUAAAAGACAUUGGUUGGCGAAUCCGUAAGAAGUAUUUCUUAAUAAAGAGUAAGAAUCAACCAAAGGAGCGACUAAUGUUAAGCUGGGCUGACUGUGGCCCCGAUAAAUACUUGUCUGACAGAGACUUCCAGUGUGCUGUGAAACUUCUUCCUUCUUUUUCUCAUCCGUACAUUUGCAAAGUCACUUUCGCCACAGCCAACGAAUCCUCAGCAUUGGUCAUUAGACCAUUCAAUGAGAAGGGAACACUAAAGGACCUUAUCUAUAAGGCUAAACUGAAGGACCCGUUCCUAAAGAAGUACUGCAAUCCCAAAAAAAUUCAAGGUCUUGAACUUCAGCAAAUAAAAACAUUUGGGAGACAGAUCCUAGAGGUAUUAAAAUUCUUACAUGAAAAAGGAUUUCCUUAUGGGCAUCUACAUUCCUCCAAUGUGGUCCUGGAGGGCGAUACCUGCAGGUUGCUGGAUCUAGAGAAUUCCUUGCUGGGACUCCCAUCCUUUUAUCGAUCAUAUUUUUCACAGUUUCGGAAAAUUAACACUCUAGAAGGGGUUGACGUACAUUGCUUUGGCCACUUACUGUAUGAAAUGACGUAUGGGAGACCGCCAGAUUCAGUCCCGGUGGACAGCUUCCCUCCUGCUCCGUCGGCAUCAGUCGUGUCUGUACUGGAAUCCGUGCUCUCCUGCGAAGCCAUAAAGAAUGGCAUGCCAGCUGUCUCCAAGCUUUUACAGAUGCCAUUGUUCAGUGACGUUCUGCUAACGAAUUCGGAGAAACCACAGUUUAAGAUUCCCACUAAGUUAAAAGAGGCAUUGAAAACUUCCAAGGAAGGCAUAGAAAAGAGACUAACUGAAGAACAGAAAUUGAUUCACCAGCACAGACGACUGACGAGAGCUCAAUCUCACCAUGGCUCUGAGGAGGAGAAAAAGAAAAGGAAGAUCUUGGCUCGAAAGAAGUCAAAGCUCUCUGCCUUCGAAAGUGGGGAAGAACACUCAGUAAAAUACAGCAACUCAAACAAUUCAGCAGGCUCUGGAGCGAGCUCCCCUCUGACAUCGCCAUCAUCCCCCACUCCACCCUCGACAGCCGGAGCAUCAACCAUACCCCCACCGCCUCCACCACCAGCAGCUCCUCCUCCACCACCUCCUCUGGAUGGCGCAGUGCAUCCUCACCCUUCACCUGCUGACAGUGCCAACCGAGAAGCCUUACUUAGCUCCAUUCAAAACUUUCAGAAAGGAGCUCUGAAGAAAGCAGACGUGUGUGACUACAGUGCUCCUAGGAUCAGCUGAAGUUAACAUUUCACACCAGCAUUGGAUAUCCUCAUGAACAAGGGUCCUCAGUUGAGGUGUGAGCAUCUGCUUCAUGAUGGUCUGUUUUGCAGCUGCCUGUUCAGAGCCAUUGCCGCUUUUUCUAGAGAAAUUAAUUCUCCUUGUUGAGUAGCAGCACUACAUCACUUGAACUACAGCGCCACACUGUGGUGAUAACUAUUGACUUUGGUUGUUCCAGUUUAAAUGAACUCUGGCCUUUAGUUAAGUGAUUUUUGGGGGACAGGGAGCGAUAUUUGUCAUCUGAAAAUAGGAACAAGUAUGAAGACACUGAUUCAGUACAUCCGAUUCCAUCCUGUUCACCCCUGGUUUCAAACAAACUUGAAAAUCUUUAGUCUGCCCUAUUUUCCCAUAAUUCCACCUAGUUGGCACAUUACAUUUUGCUGCAUCAAAACAGCCAGUUGCUUUAGAUAAUCUUUUAAAAAAAGCACUUAACCCCAACUGUAGUACACUGGUGAAGGAACUACAGACAUACCAUAGAGAAAAGUUAUAUAUGCCACUGGAGUGUACUUCAGAAUUCAACAAUGUAGCAUGACUUCUGGCUCAUGCUUUUGUCAUGUCCAGUUGGAAUGACCACCUAUGUAGCUGUUUCCACUUACCACAUGUGUAGGGGAAACAAACAACCUGUUUGAGUGGGAGUUAAUUUGACACUGAUUAUUUGACACAAUUUCUGGAUUGGGGAGUUUCAACACAGGUGCAUUCUGUAUCCACAUGAAAUUAAUCUUGUUCGUGGAAGUUACAGAACACAUUUGUUCUUAAAAUGCUGAUUGAAAUCCUUUUAAUGCUUAAAACCUUAAACAAAUUGCACUUUAAAGGAUUAUAGAUAAUCCAUUUUAAAUUCAAGUACACAUCAGUGUUUACUAUGCAGACAAUGUCAUUGUGUAUAAAGAUUCAUGUAACCGGUGAUAUAUAUUCAGUCAUAUUUUUAUUAAAUGUCAUUGGAAUUCCUCCAGUCAGAAUGAGUGUAAAUGCUUUAAAAUAAAAUAGCUGGGCUGUACAAUAGGAUCUGAUCAGAGAAUCUUUAAGGUAGCAAAAGCAUUUAACAGAUGGCCCUUGUACUAUGAUCAGAAGUACUGAAUGUUAAGGCUGGUUCCUUAGGUACAUAAUUGAGGCUAGUUCUUUUCUCUCCAUGAAGGUCCUUUCUCAAGAUGCAUUACCAAAAUAUACCAAUUCCUAGAAACAGUGAUGGGCUGUGGUAACUAAUCAUUAGCUUCUCCUAAAGCCAUUGUUCACUGGUUUCCCUACUUUGCCAGGUGGAAGCCCUUUUAAAGCAGCAUAGCAGUUAUCUAGCUUCUUGAAGGAUUUCAAUAUUGCUUUUCAAAAACCUGCACUGUUGCUGUCUGCUCCUUUCCUUAAUUGGGUCAGGAUGGCUCUUGAACCCACCCUUGCACUAAGACCACUAAGCUGUCUAACCUCUCAAUAGUGGCUA